AUGACGGGUCAGCCCAUUCUUCCUCUUUCGGCAACUCCGUCGCAAUUAUCCAAACCACCAACAGGAAAAAUUGAAGAUUUCAGACCAGGGUACCCAAGAUUUACAGCCCUUAUCGCAUCGCAUAGCCCUUUUUUUAUCUUUCGGCGCUUUAACAGACUCAGAGCACGGCUAUUGCUCCUAAAACAAGAUCAAUUAUCAAUUCUAGAGAACGAACUCGACCAAAUAGACCAACAGGAAAAGGCACCGAUCUUUCUUGGUAAGAGUCGCAUUGAUAGAAAUGUUGAAAGGCUAUCAGUCAUGUCGAGGAUAGAGUCCGCACUGGUUGAUUACGAUAGCUUCAUAGAUAAGACAAAUCUAGCACUCACUCUUAGCGAUGCGGAAUCUCGUGAUGUGCAAAGCCUCAGGAAUUGGGUUGAUGGGAACGGGUGUUUGGCUGCGAACGAGACUUCUUACCUUGAACACGAUCGUGACCUCGUCUCACUGGUACCAACAAUUGAUAACGCAGUUAAGAGGUUUGAGAGUUGGAUAGAAGAGCGCCUUGUACAGUUUCUGCCCAAGUUCCGAGAGAGUAAUCGAUAUGUUUCUUCCGACCCGAACGUCCAUAUAUACAACGGUCCUUUUGUGAGUCGUGUUGCCAAAGGGCUACUAAUAUGCUUGGUGACUCUACUCUUGUUACUGCCAAUUGUUGUCUGUAACGUCGUGUCGACAGCUGCGGUGCGGAUUUUCAUUGUCAUGAUGUCGACUAUCGUUUACCUCUUGGUUCUUUCUGGAUUAACGAGGGCGAAAACUACCGAGCUUGUAGUGGCUGGUACAACAUAUGCUACAGUUCUUAUUGUAUUUGUUUCAGGGACUAGUGAUAAAGUACCUUGA